GCCUCGGGUGGUAUCGGUCAGCCACUUGGCCUGCUAUUAAAGCAGGAUAACCUUGUCAAGCACCUUGCUCUCUACGAUGUCGUCGGAACAGCUGGAGUAGCAGCCGAUCUUUCACACAUCGAUACUAACGCUAAGGUGACCGCACAUACUGGUCCGAAAGAGCUAGCUGCUGCAGUUGCAGAUGCCGACGUCAUUGUCAUUCCGGCGGGAGUGCCGCGUAAGCCAGGAAUGACCCGUGACGACCUGUUCAACACAAACGCCGGUAUUGUACGUGACAUCGUUGAUGUCAUUGCUGUCGAAGCUCCAAAAGCCAUGAUUGCUAUUAUCACCAAUCCGGUCAAUUCAACAGUGCCAAUCGCAUCAGAAGUCAUGAAGAAGCAUGGUGUAUACGAUAAACGUCGAAUUUUCGGUGUGACUACUUUAGAUGUAGUCCGUGCACAGGCUUUCGUCGCUGAGCUGAAGGGUCUCGAUGCCACGAAAACUGUGAUUCCAGUCGUUGGUGGUCACGCUGGAACAACUAUAAUCCCAUUGCUUUCUCAGGUUACACCAAAGGUGAACUUCACCGAAGAUGAAAUCAUGAAAUUGACCCCAAAGAUUCAAGAUGCCGGAACUGAAGUGGUGAAAGCCAAGGCCGGAGCAGGAUCGGCCACUUUAUCAAUGGCUGCGGCUGGGGCUCGAUUUGCGAGUGCUCUCGUUCGUGCAAUCAAAGGCGACAAGAGUGUCAUGUGUGCUUACGUAGCAUCAGAUGCCGUGAAAGGUGUUGACUACUUCUCAACCCCCUUGGAGUUGGGACCGAAUGGAGUAGAGAAGAUUCUUGGAGUAGGAAAGGUCAGCAAAUUCGAGCAGUCACUUAUUGACGCAUCCGUCGAAGAACUCAACAAGAACAUCAAAAAAGGAGUUGCGUUUGUCAAGGGAAAUUAA